AUGGCUGCCGCAGGGAGAAAUGCCGCUGGCCGCGCGCAGUUGAUGAAGCAGCUGCGACAGCAUGUGACUGUGGGCGUGGUUGGCGGAUCCGAUCUGGUGAAGGUCACCGAGCAGCUUGGCAAAACUGGUGACAAACAUAGGUGCUCAAUCAUUGCACUGAUGAUGAACUCUGCAACGUUGGAAGUCCUGGGAGUUGAGAAGACUGCUUCACAACAAGAAAUAAAGAAGGCAUAUCACAAAUUGUCUCUUCGCCUCCACCCAGAAUGUUUUUCUACAGAUGCCAAAGAGAAGUUUCAGCAACUGCAGAAGGUUAUAUCCAUUCUUGGAGAUGCAGAGAAGAGAGCUUUAUAUGAUCAAACUGGCAUCACUGAUGAUGAUGCACUGGUGGGAGAAGCUGCAGACAACCUUCAGGAGUACUUCAGAAUAAUGUACAAGGAAAUGACGAAGCCAACAGAGGUCACUAUGCAGUCCAAGAACAAUGAACUUGCUAAUGUUGCUAGCUUGCUUGAGAAUCUCCAGCAGCUUAGCAUGAAUAACUCCUCCAUAGCCGCCUCCCCCUGCCCUCGCCCCAGCCCCCUACCUCACAACAGGCGUGUUACAACAAUACUUGAGCUUGUUGCUGUUUGUUAUUUUUUUAAAAAUUUGUAUCCUGAUGCAUAA